AGUACAUUUACCCAAAAAAAGUUAGCACUUUAAUGUUAGCAUGCUAACAGUAUACAAGUUAUAUGACACUGGGGUAAACGGUAGCAAAACUAGCUCCAACUUACAACUUUUUCCUUCCAUUUUUACUCCGGACAACAUGGAAAAGCGGAGCUGCGGGGCCACGAAUGUCCCCCGGGGGCGCACUUUGGACACCCCUGUAUUAAUGUAUGCCACCCCUCCCCCUCCUUGACACCCCCGCGGUGCCCCCUUCCAGCCUCCCACCAGGGGUCGUCUCUCUCCUCCGCGCCGACCUGUGCGCUCGACAGUCGGGCUGCUGUCAACCCGCCCGCCAGAAGGAUGUUUUCAGGCCGGGCUCGGUGAUGUUUCCCGCAGACAUGGAUCCCUCGCUGUAGCGCUACCAUGGUUCCGCUUCUUGCCCGGCUGGCGUGCGUGUGGAUCUGCGCCACCGCCGCCGCCGCCCCGGACAUAGACGAGAAGGACCCGAGAUGGCACGCGUUCGCAGCGGGGAACAACGCCGCGACUUCCCGGGUGCUGCCACCGGACGCGCCGAGCCUGGUGCGUAAAAGCGCGCGUCGGCAUCCGAGACUUCAUCUCCCGUUCUCGGUCAUGACGCAGGAACAAGACGUGAACGCCAGCGAGUACGACGAGGACUACACGCCGCCCGGCUUCACCGACGAGCCGCCCUUCGUCCCGGGGACGCCUCGCAGCAGACUCCGGCCGGUGAGGAACCCUUUCUACCCGCUGAGCGCGGAGGCGUACGGAGCCUACGCGCUGCUGGUGUCCGCCGUGGUGAUCUUCUGCGCGGGCGUCCUGGGCAACAUGUCGCUGAUGUGCAUGGUGUGUCACAACUACUCCAUGAGGAACAUCUCGCACUCCCUGCUGGCCAACAUGGCGCUCUGGGACUUCAUGGUCCUCUUCUUCUGCCUGCCCCUGGUCGUCUUCCACGGCCUCAGCAAAGACUGGCUGCUGGGGGACUUGUCCUGCAAGGUCAUCCCCUACCUGGAGGUGGCGUCCCUCGGGGUCACGACCUUCACGCUGUGCGCCCUGUGCAUCGACCGCUUCCGCGCCGCCACCAACGUGCGCACGUACUACGAGAUGACGGACAACUGGGCGUCCACCGCCGCCAAGCUGGCCGUCAUCUGGGUGGGCGCCAUGCUGCUGGCGCUGCCCGAGCUGCUGAUCCGCCAGCUGGAGACGGAGGCGGAGGAGCCGGCGCAGGCGGCGGCACCGCUGGAGCGCUGCGUGGUGCGCGUGUCCACGCGUCUGCCGGACACGCUGUACGUGCUGGGCCUGACGUACGCCGGCGCCCGUCUCUGGUGGUUCUUCGGCUGCUACUUCUGCCUGCCCACGCUCUUCACCAUCUGCAGCUCGCUGGCCACCGCCCACAAGAUCCGCGGCGCCGAGCGGGAGGGCGGGCGCGGCACCAAGAAGCAGAUCCGCCUGGAGAGCCAGAUGAACUGCGCGGUGGUGGCGCUGGCCAUCCUCUACGGCUUCUGCACCAUCCCGGAGAACGUGUGCAACAUCGUGGGCGCCUACAUGGCGGCCGGCGUGCCCCGCGGGACCCUGGACGUCCUGCACCUGCUGAGUCAGCUUCUUCUCUUCUGCAAGUCGGCCGCCGCGCCGCUUCUGAUCUUCUGCCUGUGCCGCCCCUUCGGCCGCGCCUUCCUCGACUGCUGCUGCUGCUGCUUAGUCGAGUGCGAGCGCGAGGCGUCUACGGACGCCGGCCCCACCCACGACCAGCUGGAGCUGUCCGCCUGUGACGCCACCGCCGCCACCGGCGGGGAGGCGUCCAUCACCUGCUGAGGAGGCGGGACUUUUUUUUCCCGUCACUUCACGCUAGCAUAUUCUCACUUCUUUUUAAAGCAGGGGUGCCCAAACCUUUCCCACCGAGGGCCACAUACUGACAAGUCAAAGGAUGCGGCGGCCAUUUUUGUAGUUUUUACCAUCAAAAACAAACAUUUGUUUCAAAGAACCAGAAAACGCAAGACAAAAAAGCGCAUGAAAAUCAGUGGUAUUCAGUGAGGUAAGAUGAAUGCGCUGACAGUUCAUUGCUCCUGCCAAAUGAGUUGCACUGAGUGGAGCGGAUCACCACUCCAAGAUGGCGGCCCCGCGUCUCGACAGCGCCAGUAGGCAGUAGCGCUCGAUGCUGCGUCUACUUAUAAGAUGUCUAUGGUUAGCACGCUGGCCGGGUAGCGUCACGUAACAAAAAAUAUGAGGAAAAAGAGCUAAAAAAGCUAACAUGCUAACAAUAGCAUGUUUACGGUUAGCAUUCGUGAAAUAUCAAAAUAUAUACGACUGCUAAAUUAGCUAAAAAAAUCUUAUCAUGCUAGAAAAAACUAAAGUCUUAUUUUGGCAGAAACCAUGUCUUUCCACUUGAGUGAAAAACCUAAAGUCUCUUAUUCUGGCAGGACAGCUCUACUUCCUGCUUCUUACGUCGUUUGAAACAAGUAAAAAAAAACCUCAAGUCUUGUAUUUUAAUUGGAUGUCUGUCCUUCCUGCUUCUUACGUUGUUUUAAAUUAAUGAAAAAUCUAUAUUAUUUUAUUUUGGCAGGACGUCAUUCCUUCCUGUAAUGUUAGCACGUUAAGAUGCUAAUUGUAACAUGGGUCAAGUACCAAAAUAGGACUGAAGUGUACACCUAUAAAAUUUGCUAAAAAAUAAAUAAAAGCUAGCAUGGUACCAGUACUGUUAACAUGCUAACAGUUAACAUUAGUGACAUACCAAAAUAUAUGACAUUGAGAUGUAUACCUGCUAAAUUAGCUAUGAAAAAAUAUACAAUGCUAAUUUUAGCAUGUUCAAAUGCUAAUUGUAACAGGUCAAGUACCAACAUAUGACUGAAGCGUACACCUUUUGAAAUUUGCUAAAAGAAAAAGCUAGCAUGGUACCAGUACUGUUAACAUGCUAACAGUUAACAUUAGUGACCUACCAAAAUAUAUGACAUUGAGAUGUAUACCUGCUAAAUUAGUUAUGAAAAAGUAUACAAUGCUAAUUUUAGCAUGUUCAAAUGCUAACUGUAACAGGUCAAGUACCAACAUAUGACUGAAGUGUACACCUUUUGAAAUUUGCUAAAAGAAAAAGCUAGCAUGGUACCAGUACUGUUAACAUGCUAACAGUUAACAUUAGUGACAUACCAAAAUAUGACACUAAAUUAGCUAUAAAAAAAAAUCUAGCAUGCUAAUUUUAGCAUGUUAAAAUGCUAACUGUAACAUGGGUCAAGUACCAAAAUAUGACUGAAGUGUACACCUAUGAAAUUUGCUUACUUUUUUUUUUUUUUUUUAAAGCUAGCAUGGUACCAGUACUCUGUUAACAUGCUAACAGUUAACGUUGGUGACAUACCAAAAUAUAUGACACUGAGGUGUAUACCUACGGAGCCCCUAAAGGAACAUGGGGGAAAACAUUUUUUUUAUAAUUAAAAAAUUUUUAAUUUUUUUUUUUUUUUUUUAUAGACAUUUGUCUCGUGUGCAUAUAAAUAAAUUAAAAAAAUUAUACAAUUUUUUUUUUAUAACUUUAUAAAAAGUUUCUCGUGUGCACCAGAAAGUUUCUCGUGCGCACGAGAUACAUGUCUAAAAAAAAAAAAAAAAAAAUUUAAAUUAUUAAAAAAAAAAAAUUAUGUCCCUUUAGGGGCUCCGUAGUAUACCUGCUAUCUUAGCUAUAAAGAUCUAGCAUGUUAAUUUUAGCAUGUUAAAAUGCUAACUAACAUGGGUCAAGUACCGAAAUAUGACUGAAGUCUACACCUCUGAAAUUUGCAAAAAAAAAAACUAAAACAAAGCUAGCAUGGUACCAGUACUAUGUUAACGUGCUAACAGUUAACAUUAGCGACAUACCAACAUAUAUGACACUGAUGUGUAUACCUGCUAACUUAUCUAUAAAAAAAAUCUAGCAUGUUAAAAUGCUAGCUGUUACUUGUAUAUCACUCUGUUUGUACUUGGAAAAUUAAUUUAAAAUGCUAUCACGCUAAUGUCAACUUGCAUCAAGUACCAAAAUAUGAUUGAGGUGUAUACCUGCAAAAUUAGCUAACGUUAGCAUGCUAACAAGUAUCAUUCGUCAAGUAACAAAAUAUAUGAAACUAAGGUGUAUUUCUGCUAAAUUGCUCCAAAAAAUAUCUAGCCUGCUAAUGCCAGCAUGCUAAAAUGCUAACUCUAACAUGCGUCAAGUACCAAAAUACAUACAAAAUACAAAUGCUAACAUGCAUCAAAUGAUCACUGAGGGGUUCCCAUACCUACAAAAUUAGCUAUAAAAGGCUAGCAUACUAACGUUAGCAUGCAAAAAGGUCAAGAAACAAAGUAUUUGACGAUGAAGUUCAUACCUAUAAAAAAGAGCUAGCAUGCUAAUAUUAAAAUGCUAACGAUUGUGCCGCACUUUGGACACCCCUGGUUUAACGUAAACUACAAGACACUGACGUAGAGCUGUAACCAUGGCGACCGGACGGGAACUGUAACUAUGGCGACUGGACGGGACAAGACAAGCGGGGACUCCAAAGGUCUUGACUUUUCAGGACGUCCUUACGCUCACUUGACCACCACUUCCUGUCAUGUGACUGAACAAGGACCUGGGUGGCGCCCCCUAUGCCCUGGACCAGAGAAUGUCGACUGGUUUUUGAUGGGUCCAGUAUUUUUACACGGCUCUUUGAAGUAGUCACGUUCUGAUAACUCGUUUAUUGGUCGAUAGAUUUUUUAAUUUUUUAAUUCACUAUGUUUUUACUUUUUUUAUGGAGGUUAAUUUGUGUUUUUAUUUUUUAACAUCAACUUAUGCUGACAAUUUCAUUCAAUACUCAACAUUUCUGUUCAAAAAUAACUUUGUGGAAAUACAGUCUUUAGACAUUUAGUGCAAAAUAAUUGUAUAUGAAAAUCCAGUGCAAAAAAAUUCACCGUAUAAAAAUUGGGAUAAAACAUUGAGUGUACAAAAAAAUAUUGUAUAAAACUUCUGGGCAAAGAAAUUCAGCGUAUAAAAAUGCUGAGCUAACAUAAUUUAGUAAAAAAAACAAUUCAGCGUAAAAAAUAUUCAGUUAGUAAAAAUUAAUUUUAUUAAAAAUUUGUGUAAAAAUCUUUCAAUGUAUAAAAAUUUGUCGCAAAAAAAAAUUCUGUGUAAAAAAAACAAAAACUACUGUAUAAAAAUUCAGUGCUAAGUAAUUCAGUGUAAAAAAAGUUCAGUGUGUAAAUAUACAUUGUACGACAAUUCAGGGUAAAACUUUCAGUGCAAAAAAAAUCAGCGUCUAAAUAUUCAGUGUAAAAUUUUUAGUCAAUAAAAUUAGUUGUAAAAAAAAAUAGUUCAAAAUUCAGUGUAUAAAAUAAGUGCAACAAAAGUAUGUGGUAAAAAAUGUAAUGUAUGAAGAUUCAGUGCAAAAAAAGUGAUGUAUGAAAAUUCACUGCAAAAAAAUUCAAAGUAUAAAAAAUCAAGCAUAAAAAAGGUCAGUGCAGAAAAAAAUCUGUAUACAAAAACUAAGUGCAAAAAAAAAUUCAGUCUAUAAAAAUUAAAAGUAUAAAAUUAGGUGUAAACCAAUGUUCUAAAUUUAGUGCAAAAAAUAGCGUAAAAGAAAUGUAAUUUAUGAAAAUUCAGUGCAAAAAACUUUAAAGUAUAAAGAUCCAGCGUAAAAAAAGGUCGGUGCAAAAAUAAUUAUGUCUAUAAAAAUUAACUGUAUAAAAUUAGUAAUAAAAUGUUUUCAAAAUUCAGAGUAUGAAAUUUAGUGCAAAAAAUUGUGUUAAAAAAAAUGCAAUGUAUGAAAAUUCCGUGCAAAAAAACUGAAAGUACAAAAAGCCUAAAAUUAGGUUUAAUAAUUGUUUCUGAAUUCAGAGUAUACAAUUUAGUAUAAAAAAAAUUGUUUUAAAAAACAUUUUGGGUAUGAAAAUUCCGUGCAAAAAAAUUUGAAGUACAAAAAUACAGCGUAAAAAAGGUCAGUGCAAAAAAAAAUUCAGUCUAUAAAAAUGGACAAAAUAUAAAAUUAGGUGUACUUUUUUUUUUUCAAAAUUCAGUGUAUAAAAUUUUGUGCUCCAAAAUUGUGUAAAAAAAAUGUAAUGUAUGAAAAUCCUGUGCAAAAAAAAUUAAAGCACAAAAAUUCAGCAUAAAAAGGGUCAGUGCAAAACAAAUGGGGUUAUAAAAUUUCAAAAAGAAUUCACUAAAACAUUCAGUGAAAAAAAAAAUCAGUAUAUAGAAAUUCAGUGUUUAAAAAUGCAAUGCAAAAAAUCCAUCCAUCCAUCCAUUUUCUACCGCUUGUCCCUUUUGGGGUCAAUGCAAAAAAUGUUAAUGCAAAAUAAGCCCAUCCAUCCAUUUUGUACCGCUUGUCCCUGCUGGAGCCUAUCCCAGGUGCAUUGGGGCGGAAGGCGGAGUAGACUCUGGACAAGGAACCAACGCAGACACACAACAUUCAGUGUAGAAAAAUUAAAUGUAGAAAAAAAAUCAGUGCUGAAAUAUUUGUUACUGAUUGGCUGCUUCUCAGGAUCGAUUGCUUUGGUCUUACUUUACUGAAAGUGAAUAUUUUUAAGACACUGAGUUUUGAACAAACUUAAACGCACAUUUUGUUGUAAGUUUAACUUUAAAAAAACAUUCAGGGUCAACAAACAUCUCUCCUGUUAAAAACACAAAUGAACCUCCAUUUUGUUUUCAUGAAAAAAAGUAUUUUUCUGAUUUUAGUGAGCAGACGACGCCAUGUUUUGUAGUCAUGUGACUCUUUAGCAGAGCCCCGCCCACUGGUCACGUGACACUUUUUAGCCACUUUGAGUAAUAAAAAAAUGUUUGUCGGAAUGUUGCGAAGACAAACAAAAGGCAAAGUUGGAGUUUCUUUGUGCAGCACAAACUGGACGUCUUUAAAGACGGUCUGCUGAGUUGGCUCCGCCCACCAGGCGGCGGCGGACACAGCGCGCCAUUGUCAUCCCGUCAAGGAGCCCACAGUACUGACGGCCAUGCUUGUUGUCUGCGUGCUGCCGGCCCAGCAAUUAGACGGGCCCAUUCAUUGGCACACAAUGGAGGCCAAGUGAUGACCGCGUCCCGGCAGUCGGAUGUCCUCGCACGUGACUCCGGUCCACUUCCUCUUCUUCGUGUGCUGAUGCUUCACAACAACACCAGCAGGCGCCGCUCACACCUGGAUGACUUGGAUGCCUGGGGGCGGAGCCAAGCGCGGCGAGCACGGGCGUCCGGCGAAGCACUGGCAGGUGAAGUUCCGGGCCCAGCCGUCGAGGUCGCGGGCGGAGGGGAGGCCCACCGCCACGUACUUCUGGCCGGAGCGCAGGAUGCGGAAGUGGGCGGAGUCCAGGUGCAGGUAGUGGGAGGAGUCGAAGCUCUUCCUGACGCAGCGGCCCCGCCCCUGGCACAGGGCCCGGCCGCACAGCAUGGCGGCCGCCGUCACGUUGGCGAGGUACGGGUUGAGCGUGGACGUCAGGUAGUCGGACAGCGACUGACAGGACGACUGUGGGAGAGAGAGAGGGAGAGAGGAGGCGGGGCUUACAGGUGAGCUUCAGCGUGGUGGUGGGCGUGUCCUUACCCGAGACGACGUCAGGUUCAGGUCGCCCCAGAUGACGAAGCCUGCGGCGCCGAGUGCCGCACUCUCCCCGAUGGUGUGGACCAGGUCUUUCUGCACACAGGACAGGACACGAGUGGAGAGGAGGAGAGAGAAAAGCGUCUGACUCCGCCCACUCUUUUGACUGUCAAUCAUCCGAGGAUCAAGCUGGCACCCCCUGUGUGACAUCAUUGGCCAAAACAGGAAACACUUGAUGAGGAGGCACAGCCCCAGCAGCGCGACGGCGCACAGGCAGGAGACGUGAAGCGGGAGGAGCCGCAGGAUGUCGCCCGGCACGCCGUCCUGCCGCGUGGGCGGAGCUAUCUGCGGCAUCUCGCAGUGG